GUGGACAUAAUUUAACAUUAUUUUUUUUAUCAUAUUGUGGCCGAGUUCGGUUUUUACAUUUUUAUGCUCUUAGAUGCUCUACACCAUUCGUUUAUUACAAAGUUGAGAGUGGGGAGUAAUUUAUCGGCGUUCGGAUAUUCUCCGACGAAGUAAACGGAGGACAUCUUUUAGCUCGGUAAAUUUUGAUCGAGGUUUCGGAGAAAUUGUGUGUUGUGGCGGGAAAUACAGACUGUUGGCACGUUUUUUUUUACAAACCACAUACACUUCCAAUUAGUCUUAUUCUCUAAUCUGUGCAGUUAGCCCUCUGUGCUUCCAGAAUGAAUGCCACAAUAACACAAAUACUUCAUUUCGGAUAUGAAAUAUUUUUUGAUGAUGAUGAUGAUGAUGAUGAUGAUGAUGAUGAUGAUGAUGAUGAUGAUGAUGAUGAUGAUGAUGAGCGUGAAUGUGAACCAGAUAAAGUAGAAAAUUUUGCUGAGGUUACGGUAAUUAAUUUUGCCGAUCAUCAAUUUAAACAACAUUUUCGAAUGAAUGCAAGCACAUUCGAAGAUUUUCUAAGAAAACUGUAUAUGGUUGUACCUUGUAAUGCAACAAUAGGACAUCCCAAACUCCUAUUGGAAAAACAGGCGAUGAUUUGCGUUUGGUAUUUAGCAAAUUUAGAGAGUUUUUGAUCUAUUGCUAGCAGAUAUGGAAUUAGCAAAUCUACCGCAUGGGAUGUACUGGCAAGGAUGGGUAAACUCAUUCUUGAGGUUAAUAGAAUUUUCAAAAUUAUAACUUGGCCAACUCGCCCCAGAGCUUUAAAAAUAAUUACUGCAUUUGAAAAUAUAAACAGAUUUCCUGGUGUGCUAGGAUGUAUAGACGGUAGUCACAUUAAAAUACUACCUCCAAAAGAAAAUCCAAAUUCCUAUGUAAAUAGAAAAAAAUUUCAUUCAGUACUACUACAAGGCGUUUGCGAUAAUGAAAAACUUUUCCUCGAAGUAUUUACUGGAUUACCAGGGUCCUGUCACGAUGCUAGACUGUUUCAUAUGUCAGAUCUUUAUGAAAGAAUUAAUAAUAAUUCCAUAGAAUUUGUAAAUAAUAGCCAUAUUAUUGGAGAUUUAGCCUACACUUUAACAACAAAUCUUAUAGUAGGCUUUAAAGACUAUGGAAAUUUAACAAAUCAACAAAGACGUUUUAACAUGAAACUUUCUCAAUUGAGAGUAAGAAUUGAACAAGCUUUUGCAUUUCUAAAAGGACGAUUUAGAAGACUCAAAUAUAUGGAAACUGUUAAAUUCGAUUUAAUUUGUUUAUUUAUAAUUGAUCCUACAUAAUCUUACUAUAUUAAAUGGUGACUUACCAGAAGAAAUAAUGAAUAUACAAGAAGAAAUUAAUGAAGGAAGGCAAAAUGGAAUUUUUGAAGUUGUGGAAAUUAACAUGGAAAUGAACAGGAGAGAAGCAAUUGAAAAAAGAAUUUUUAUAAUGAAUAAUUUACU